AGGUGUCGGUCUGUGGGGAGUAUAAAGCCAAGGGGAACCUUGUGCUCCAGAACCAGACAAACUCAAGUCAAGAUGAAGAGCCUCUUCUUCUCAGUCACCCUUCUGGGCUGCUUUCUGCAUUCAGGCCGUUCCUUCCAGUGUUACACCUGUAAAGGGGCUUCUAGUGAUGCCUACUGUCUGCAAGUGGCCAACUGCACAGGGUCUACCCCCUACUGUGGGACCUCCAUUGUUAGUUUCAACUUCGUCACGAUCCUCGACAAAUACUGCGCGGCUGCCUGUGUGACCGGGAACCAAAGCGUCGCAUUCUUUUCCAGCACAGAGAGCUGCUGCGCCUCCGACUUGUGCAACAACCAAAAGAUCGGCAACGUCAAUUACUUCGACUUCAACAGCGCCGGGGCAACGAGCAGCAGCCUGAUGGUAGCCAUUGCCGGCCUCCUGUGGGCCCUCCUUGCACUGGCCGCCUAAAGCGGCUGCCUUGGCCCCAUCUGAUUGGGCGCCUUCUGAUGACAUCAUUUUUUAUUCACUAUUUCAGCACUUAGUGGCCCUAACAAAUGUGUUGCCCAAGUUAAUUAAAUAAAGUUGGUUUUGUGUAAAGUC